AUGGAGUCAAAUCUCAAACAUGCUCAAGAAAACGAACUUCGUGUUCUGAGCGCAAUUUAUAAUAAUGCUUUGAAGGAUCGUCGUAGCAAGCGCGACAAACGUUUAUAUCCGCCUCAUUUUAUUUUGACACUCACACCGGUACGAUCCGAUAGCACAAUAAUACAACAAAUAAAUGAUCCAACAUUUGAUUUAAUUGUCCAAGAAACAGCAAACUAUCCCAAUGAAGUUCCUAAACUAGAAUUAGCCAAUCCAAAAAAUUUUCCUAUCGAAGCUUUAGAACGAUGCGAAAAAGAACUUCGAAUUCAAGCGCAAAAUUAUACCGGAGGAGAAAUGAUUUAUUUACUGGCACAUUAUGCGCAAACGUUUUUAGACGAAUUUCGUACCAAACGACGGCCACCAUCUCAAAUACAAGUGUCACCUGAACAAAAUCCCGAGAAUGAUGAACAUCAACAAAUUGAACGAGAAAUUAAUGCUAUUCGAGAAGAACAUUCAAAACAAGCAGAAAAACAACGAUAUAGACAGUCUGACGUAUCAUCAACAAAACCUGUUAAAUUAGCUCGUAUCAUGUCAGAAACUAUAAUUAAAUUUGAAAAUCCAAUAGAAGUCAGCGUACGUCGUGGUCACGUAUUAUACAAAGAAAUGCAUCCAAUAAUAUCCGAUCAAAUACUUAAUACAUCGUAUAUAUGCACUGAUGGCGAUUCAGCAAAUGUUUAUUGUCUUUAUGAAUGGAAUUUUGAAAGUGUACAAAACGAUGAUAAAACACUUGAUCUAGAAAAUUUCCUUGCACAAUAUCGCAGUGAAAUAGGAAAUAUCGAAAAUGAUAUGAGACGUUUACUUAAUAUAAGACAUAAUUUACUAUGUAAAAUAGUUGCGUAUCAAUAUUUGGUUCAUGAUACGGCUACUUAUACAUUUCGAGUUUUAACCGAUUGGCCAGAAGCGAGUUCUCUUGAAGUAUUUAAUUAUUGUCCCGUAUCGGAAUCUUUGUUAAAGAAAAUUGCAAUAUCACUUUGUGAAGUACUGCUAUUUUUGCAUUCAAAAUCCAUAAUUCAUCGUGCAAUAAAUACGAAAUCUGUUUAUCUCUGUACAACAGGAAUUAAAAUAACUCGCACAAGUUUUGUUCGAAGAUUAAACGAUCUACAUAUCUUAUUUCACGAAUCCCAACUUCCGCGAUCAUUACAUGGUUCAACCAAAAAUGAUAUUUAUGAUAUGGGUUUACUUCUACUAAAUUUGGCCACUGGUCGAACGCAUGAUUGUAUUAUUGAUGCACCAUCAACGUUAUCUGAUGAAUUUCGAGAUUUUUUACAAAGAUGUGCCAAUGGCGAAUCAGUAAAACAAUUAUCAGUCGAUCCAUUUCUUGUUAAUCGCGUUGAAUCACAGACAAAUUUCGAUACGAUGAUUUCCGAAACGGAUCAUCGUGAUAAUAGUUCAACGAAUAGCAAUAAUGACGAAAUGCUUGUUUCAGCACAAUCUCGUCUUAAGUCUGAUUUUGAAGUUAUUGGAAUGAUUGGCCGAGGAGGCUUUGGUCAUGUUUUUAAAGUGCAAAACAAAUUAGAUGGAUGUUUUUAUGCUGUGAAGCAAAUUCUUCUUAAAAGUGCAAAUAAACAAGUGAAUAAAAAAAUUACCAGAGAAGUUAAACUACUUUCGAAGUUAAAUCAUCAAAAUAUUGUUAGAUAUUACAGCACAUGGACUGAACAAAUGUCAUUGCCAAAUCAAAGUAAAUCUUCGAGCGGUUCUUUACCAUCAACUAAAUCAGGCCGACCUCGGAAAAGCAAAUCUAUAAAAGAAGAUAGUUUAAGAAAUGAUCUGCAUGGAUUAAUACCAGAUAUAUUGAUUGAAAAUGGACAAGAAAAUGAAGACAGUAGUUCAUCAAGUGCAACCACAUCAUCAACGCCAUCCGAUGAUGAAAGUGGUGUAUUUGACACAAGAACGUUUCAUCGAGUUGAAAGAACUGAUGAUAUGAUUGUAUUUGAGCAUGGCGACAAUAAUGCUGAUAAAUCGGAAAAUCCAAUCGAAGGAAAGAAAAAUGAUCAGUCAAGUUCGUCAUCGUCCGUCAACAAUAAUGCUGAUGAUUGUAUCCAACGAGUUUUAUUUAUACAAAUGGAAUAUUGUGAAGGAAAUACAUUAAAACAGUUAAUAGACCGAGGAAUAUUACAAGAAAAGCCAAAAAUGAUUUGGAUGUUAUUACGUGAAAUCUUGGACGGUCUUAAGCAUAUGCAUAGCAAAACAAUUAUUCAUCGAGAUUUAAAACCAGGAAAUAUCCUACUUGAUUCAAAUGGACAUGCAAAAAUCGGAGAUCUUGGCCUUGCAACUAUCAGCAAACUAUCCGGCUAUUCUGAUUCAUCUACACAAUCACAACUACAUCCAGAUCAAAAAUCAAGUUGGUCAUUAGAAAUCAAAGAUGGUGGACUUAUAAGUACCCCGGUUGGCACAACAUUCUAUAUUGCACCAGAACUAUUAACUGGUCCGCGUGUAGCUCCGACUGAAAAAGUUGAUAUAUACAGUUUGGGUGUAACAUUUUUUGAAAUGUGUUAUCCGUUUAAUACAUCGAUGGAACGUGCAAAAAUCUUAUGUGAAUUACGUCGUCCAGAAAUUAACGUACCGAAUCAUUUUCGUCAAAAAUCAUUUUCACGUCAUUAUGAAUUAGUUGUACAGAUGCUUAAUCAUGAAUCGGACAAAAGGCCAAGUGCAAAUACAUUAUUAGAAUCAAAUAUAAUUCCAUUUGAACAAGAAGAACAAUACGAACAAUUAUUAGAUCGAAUGAUCAAUAGUACAAAUAAUGAUUUACAAUCUUUCUAUUAUAGAAAAACAAUCACAAAAUUAUUUCAAAGAAAAAAUAAUAUUGCACGUGAUGCAACAUUUGAUUCCGAUAUAGAAAUUGAUUUUAAUAAGUUAGAGAUAUUUCAUCGAGAUUCACGUGUUUAUGCCAGUAUACGCAAUAGUUUUAUUCGGAUAUUUGAAAAAUACGGAGCUUUUCUUAUGCGCUUACCAAUAUUUAUACCAGAUACAUCGAUUUAUAGUAAAAAUGAAUGCUCAAAUUUAAAAUUUAUAUCUUCAACUGGUCUCAUUGUUUCACUUGCAUUUGAUUCAAAAGUUCCCUUAGCUCGUUUUAUUGCUCGAUGUGUAUCUCAUCACGGUUUAAAUGGUUUAACAACAUUGAAAUGUUAUCAAAUCGGAAGUGUUUAUCGUGAAGGCGUUACAGAAAUGCAUCCACGAGAAUUAACUGAAUGCGGUUUUGAUAUUAUAUUCACUCAAUCAACUUUUCUUCCGGAUGCUGAAAUAUUAGCUGUAAGUCAGGAUGUAAUCGAAGAAUUACAAUUACACAAGAAACGAAAUGUAUUUAUCCGAUUAAAUCAUAGUCAAUUGCUACGUUCUAUAUUAAUCUUUUUCGAUGUACCUAUUGAUAAGAUUAGUUCGAUUUUAGCGGCCAUUAAUAAAAGUCGAUUUGAUUCGACAAAUACAACAGUAGCUAUGCAUUUAAUUGAAAAUGGUAUCAGUGAACAAACAGCAAAUCGCAUUCAAACACUAUUGGAUAAAGAUGGGCCCUUCGAUGAAAUCAUAACACAUUUGAAAGGUUUUAGUAAAGCUAAAACUGAGGGUUCAAAAUUAUUGAAAAAUAUUGUCGAUGAAUUAGAAAAAAUUGUUCAAUAUGCACGCUGGUUUGGUGUUACCAUGCCUAUACAUUUAACACUGCGAUUUAUGACACUUAAUCCCAUAUUAGAUAUAAAUACAUUUUCCGGUUUUAUAUUUCAAUUAGCUUCUGUUGUACAACGAAAGAAACGAUCUGUUUAUGAAGUCUACGCUGGCGGUGGUAGAUAUGAUCCAUUGCUUGCACAUUUUCGGCGACCAUCUCAAAAAACACUUUCUAAUGAUUUACCUCAUAUUGUCGGUGUGAGUUUUGAUAUGGAACGUUUUCUUCAACAUUCCACCACGCUAACAACAAUUUCAAAUCGUUUAAUAAAUAAUACAAAGCCUUGUGAUACAGUGAUUUGUCUGGGCAAUCAUACUAUCGAUUUAUUACGACUUCGUCAUGAUCUUGUUACGAAUGGUAUUGGCGUUGAUACUUUUUAUGAAUUACCAUCGAAUUUCGAAAUUCUCGAUCAAUAUUGUGUCUCAUGUGGUUAUACUUACCUAAUUUAUGGUAGAGAUGAUUCAAUUGAUGAAGGUUUUCGUUUUCGUAUGUAUGAAAAUGGUAAAGUUUUCAAUGAUAAACGUUUUUCCAGCGGUCAAAUUGUUCAAUACUAUCGAACAGAUAGCAAUAAUACAAAUCUCAAUAAUAUAAAUAAUAGUGGAGUAUCAUCUAAUCUGUUCAAUGAUACUGAACAAUCAUUGCAACCACAAAUAUUAAGUACAUCCAGUGGUACUUCAAUAAAAAAUGUUUCAUCUUCAUCAUCAUUAAACGCGAAUAGUGAACCAGUUAGUGCUGGUGCGCAAUUAAAUUUUUAUCUCUAUUUCAUUGAAGCUAUGCAUAAAUCAAUAUCAAAAAAGAAAAUUGAAAAUCAACUUCAAUAUAAAUUCUCGUCAAUAUCAACAUUAUUUACAUCAAAAAGUCGUAUUGAAAUAUUCGUGUUUGACGUGCCAGAUUCAAUUUUAACAACACUCAUAUCAACAUUAUGUAUUGAAGAUGAAGUAUCUUAUUAUAAAUCAUUGCGUUUAACAAUUGAACAAAUUCCAACGCGUUUUCACGAUACAAUAAAUCGAUUUUCUGAUCAAUUGAAAGAAUUACGUUUCGUGAAAAAAUCGAAAUUGUUUGUCAUUGUCUCUUAUAAAACUGAUUUCUAUCGAUUUAUGGCUGCCUGUACUUGA